UUUGCUUUGCAGUAUCAAGGUUCUUACAGUGAUUCAUUAGGAUCUGCAGUUUGCCCAUUUUACUGCUCAUAUUCUGGUUUUAAGGAUGAGCUAUUGUGGGGAGCUGCAUGGCUUUUCAGAGCAACAAAUGCUGUUUCCUACUAUAAUUUGGUCAAGUCCAUGGGAUCUAAUGAUCAACCAGAUGUCUUCAGCUGGGACAACAAAUUUGCCGGUGCAUAUGUUCUUCUCUCAAGGAGAGCAUUGCUAAACAGUGACAACAACUUUGAUCAAUUCAAGCAAGAAGCUGAGAAUUUCAUUUGCAAGAUAGUGCCCAACUCUGGCUCUUCAAGUACACAAUAUACACCAGGGGGGCUCAUGUUCAAGCUUCCUGACAACAACCUUCAGUAUGUGACAUCUAUAACAUUCUUACUUACAACCUAUUCCAAGUAUAUGUCAGCUACAAAGCAGACAUUUAACUGUGGCAAUGUCCUUGUCACUCCAAAUACCUUAAGGAGCAUUGCAAAAAGACAGGUAGACUACAUAUUAGGAGAAAACCCAUUAAGACUGUCCUACAUGGUAGGUUAUGGUCCCAACUUUCCCAAGAAAAUUCACCACAGAGGAUCUUCCUUGCCUUCAAUAGCAACUCAUCCACAAACCAUAGGCUGUGACGAAGGUUUCCAACCAUUUUAUUAUUCAAUGAAUCCUAAUCCCAACAUAUUGGUUGGAGCCAUAGUUGGAGGUCCAAACCAAAAUGAUGGAUUCACAGAUGAUCGCAAUGAUUACAGUCAUUCCGAACCUGCAACUUACACCAACGGUGCUAUUGUUGGUCCUUUAGCAUACUUUGCUGGUAUCCGUUAA